AAAUAAAAUGGAUUUGAUGAACAAUGGAAAUGGAGUUUCUUUCUUCAAGAUAUUACUUAGGGACGACGUGGAUUACCUUCCAUUGCCGUCUUCAUUCGCCAAAAGGUAUCUGAAGAAGAAGAAGAAGAACGUAACCUUAGUUCUCAAAACCAAAUCUACUAUCAAAUGGAAGGUUAUGUACUUGGAGAUUGAAGACAGAUAUUACUUCAUCCAUGGAUGGCUCAACUUCAUCAACGACAAUCAUCUUAAAAUGGGCCACUUUCUCGUCUUUUGGCUUCUGUCUCCUUCCAUCUUUCAAGUCUGGAUCUAUGCACCCAAUGGCUGUCUCACAAAUCCAACAACUACUUGUUCAGGUGGUAGUAAGAAUGAGAACAUCUUGAAGAAACCCUUCAUUAAGGAAGAAGAAGCCAGUGAUGAUGAUUCCAUGGAAAGCGAUAAGAAAUCCUUGAAGAGGGUUAUCACCAAAAACUACAUUCAUAAAAUGCUGAUGACCAAGAGUUUCUUACAAGACGUGGGAAUGAAUGGCUGCCGCAGGCUGCGGCUGAAGAACGUGGAUGGAAAGGUGUGGGAAGUGAAGGUAAAGAGGUAUGGGAGGAAAGUGGCUCCAUAUAUGUCAACAGGAUGGAUUAAAUUCAGAAAAGAAAACAAGAUAGAGGUUGGAGACUUGUGUGAAUUUAGUCAUGUGAAGGCCAAUUUGCUUCGUGUUCAUAUCUUCAAGAAAGGAAAACAGGUGAACAAGAAUCGAUAG